AUGGGGAACGAGGCGAGCAUGGAGGGCGGUCAGCCCGGAGACCCAGCAUCCGCGGGGAUGAUGGGGUCGAUGGUGGCGGGAGGACCGGGGACCGGCCACCCCAUCAAACCGCUGAACGGCACCGCAGCGGGCGGAGGAGGGAUGGGUACCGGAGGCCCGGGGACGGCCGGGAAUAGGGGUCCCAUGGGAAGCCCGAAGCCCGGCCUGCAGCACGGGGGCUACGGCGGAGGGGGGGUGGGCGUGGGGAUGGGCUCCAGAGCAGCCGAGCCGUACCGCCUGGCCACCCACGAGAGCCACACCCCUCCCAGGCAGUCGGGCCCGGCCGCGGGUCCCGGCCAGGCGGGGUCCCACGGCCCGGCGGGCGGCCAGAGCCCCGGCCAGCACGCGUCCCGCCGGAGCCUCCAGGUGGACUUCCAGGGCUCCAGGACGGGCCGCUCGCCCUCGGCGUCGCCGGACCGCGGCGUGACCCCCACUUCCCCGUACUCGGUGCCCCAGAUCGCGCCCAUGCCCACCAGCAAGCUGUGCCCCCUCUGCAACACCACAGAGCUGACUCGACCCCCGGCCGUGCCCAACUACAACACCUGCACCCAGUGUAAAUCCACUGUGUGCAACCAGUGUGGCUUCAACCCCAACCCACACCUCACCAAGGUCCAAGAGUGGUUGUGUUUGAACUGUCAGAUGCAGAGGGCUCUGGGUAUUGACAUGACCACACCGCGCUCCAAGAGCCAGCAGCAGAUCCACUCGCCCUCCCACCAGGCCAAACCCAUCGCCCAGGCUCAGCCGCUGCAGCCGGCCGCGCAGAGCAAGGCCCCGGCCCAGAGUCAGCCCCCGCAUCAGCCGCCGGCGACUCACCCGUACGGCCAGGCACAGCCCUACUCCCAGGCCCCGUCUCCCCAUCACUCCCAGCCCUACGCUCAGGCCCAGUCUCAGCACCACUCCCAGGCCUAUUCCCAAAGCCAGCCCCACUCCCAGGCCCAAAGCCAGCCCCACUCCCAGGGCCAAAGCCAGCCCUACUCCCAGAACCAGCCCUACACCCAGGGCCACUCCCAGCCCUACCCUCAAUCCCAGCCUCACUCUCAACCCUUCCCCCAGCCCCAGCCCCAGCCCCAGCCCCAGACGUACCCUUCCUCUCAAGCAGGGCCUAAACCCCAGCCCCAGGCCUCCCCAGGACUCCAGAGACACCAAGGGCCCCACGGCCCCCAGCCCCACACAGGGCCGUCCCAGCAGGGGAUGAGGUCGGACCCUUAUUCCCAGAAAGGGGCGGGAGUGCAAGGAAGUGCCGGGGGUCCAACCGGUGGACUCAACCAGCCGGGGGGCCCCCGGAUCCCUCACCCGGGCGCGGUGCCACUCGUCGGGCUAGCCAAGGCCCCCUCCCAGCCCGACCUGGGUCGCGGCUCCCCGAUGCACCAGCCCGGCGCCAGGUACCAGGAGCACACCCGGAGCGCCGGCUCCUCCCCGGCCCACCGGGCCCCCAGCCAGGCCCCGCCCCCCGCCCAGGACGGGCUGACCAAGCUGUUUGGCUUCGGGGCCUCUCUGCUGAACCAGGCGAGCACCCUGAUCAACGUGGACCCCCUCCCCGCCGCCUCCACCCAGCCUGGCCCCGCCCGGGGCAAGGUGGUGUUCAGCAACGCAGCGACGUCAGAGAGCCGGCAGCACGGGCCCCCCGGGGCCAAGCCAGCCAACGUGGGGGGCCCCCACGCACCGACCAGUCAGACGGGGGGUCCCACGGGGGGUCCCGUAAUGGGGGGUCCGCACGCGCCAACGCAGGCUGGAGCCCCCCAUGGCCCCAGUCAGAUGGGGGGUAUGCAUGGCCCCGGUCAGAUGGGGGGUAUGCAUGGCCCCGGUCAGAUGGGCGGUCCCAUCAUGGGCGGUCCUCACACACCAAGCCAGAAGCUCCAACAGCAGCCGAAGCAGCAGCAGCAGCAGCAGCCUCUGCAUCCUCAACAAGAGAGCCAUCAACAGCUGCCUGCACACCUUCAGAAAGGGAGCCAGCAGAAGCUGCCGGCGCAUCAACAGAAAGGGCCCCAGCAGCAGCAGCAGCAGCAGCUGCCUGCGGCCGUCCCAGCGGCCCCGGCGGAGCCCCAGAGGGCCAGGGUGAACUGCCCGCUGUGUAAGACGGAGCUGAACAUCGGGAGCGCAGACCCGCCCAACUACAACUCCUGCACCCAGUGUCACAGCCAAGUGUGCAACCUGUGCGGCUUCAACCCCACCCCCCACCUGGUGGAGAAGAAAGAGUGGCUGUGUCUCAACUGCCAGACCCAGCGGCUGAUGUCGGGCGGCGGAUUGGACGAGCCCCCACUUCCUGCUCUCCACCCCUCUCCGAAGCACCAGUCAAUGGGCUCGCCCCGCCACCCGUCGCACGUCGGUCAGCAAAGCCCCCUCGCCAAGGCGACCACCAACCUGCAGGGCCCCAAGGCCAGCCAGCCCCAGCAGCCGAAGGCUCACACGGGGCCCGGGGCCAGUGGGCCCUUCGCCCCCUCGGCGGCCAAGCAACAGCCUGCCACCACCGCCGCCCCAUCCACCACCACCACCACCACCAGUGCAGUACCAGUGCUCCCUAGUGAGGGCCUGAAGCAGCCCAAGACUGGGGAAGAGAAGGCCAAGACAGAGCCUGAGAGCCAGCUGACCAAAGACCCCAAGAUGAGCCAGAAAAAAGGGGAGCCCAUCAGCUCCAUGAAGGAAGGGAAGAAGUCCAAACAGUAUGAUGACACGAAGAACAACAGCACCCACGAUCUGUCGCGGAGCCCGCAGAGCCUGAGCGACACGGGCUACUCCUCGGACGGCAUCUCCAGCUCCCACAGCGAGAUCACGGGGCUGAUCCACGAGGAGGAGGAGAUGAAGCUCAGCGAGAGGGGCAUCAGCGGGCGGGGCUCGCCGCCCAGCCCCUCCGAGAUGACCAAGCUGGAGAGCUCCAUGAGGCCCCUGCUGGAGAAGAGCUUCUCGGAGGAGAAGAGCGACCGCAAGGGCCGUAGGCACCGGGACCUGGACGACCGGGGCAAGCAGAGGCCACGCUCGUUGUCCAUCACGCCGGAGGCCUACGACUCGGACGAGGAGCUGGAGGACAUCCUGGAGGAGGAGGAGGAUGCCCGGGACUGGGAGGCCAAGCGGAAGGAGGCCAAGGAGAAGGAGGCCAAGGAGGAAGGCAAGAAGGAGAAGAAGAAGGAGAAGGACGCGGAGCCGCCGCCAAUGACGGACGAGGAGUUCAUGAGGAGGCAGAUCAUGGAGAUGAGCGCCGACGAGGAGAACGAGGAGGAGGACGACGAGGAGGUGGCGGAGGCGGAGGACGAGGAGGACGAAGGCUACGGCUACCAGAAGCCCAAGAAGGCCCACCUCAAGCAUCUCCCCGCCGACACGGCCAAGGAGAAGAGACGCCUGCAGCACCACUCGAGCAGCUUCGAGGAGGACUCCAAGAGCUCCUCGGAUAUCUAUAAGGGUUCGGCGGAGGAGGGCGAGGACGACCAGAUGUCCUCACAAGGAGGCCUGCGGCGCUUCAAGACCAUUGAGCUGAACAACACCAACAGCUACAGCCGGGACAUGGACCUGGCCAACGAAAACGACCUCAGCCUCGACCGUGAGCCGGAGCUGGAGAUGGAGAGCCUGACGGGCUCCCCGGAAGAACGCUCCAGAGGAGACUCCUAUUCCACCCUACCGCCCACCUCCUCGUCCUACGGCUCGGGUCAGUCCCCGACCUCCAUCUCGUCCAUGGAGGAGGACAGCGACAGCAGCCCAAGCCGGAGGCAGCGGCUGGAGGAGGCCAAGCAACAGAGAAAGGCCCGCCACCGCUCCCACGGCUCCCUGCUCCCCACCAUCGAGGACUCCUCCGAGGAGGACGAGCUCCGGGAGGAGGAGGAGCUGCUGAGGGAGCAGGAGAAGAUGAGGGAGGUGGAACAGCAGAGGAUAAGGAGCACCGCUCGCAAGACCAAACGAGACAAAGAGGAGCUGAGGGCCCAAAGGCGCAGGGAGAGGUCAAAGACGCCGCCCAGCAACCUCUCACCGAUCGAAGACGCCUCCCCGACUGAAGAGUUGCGGCAGGCUGCCGAGAUGGAAGAGCUCCAUCGAUCUUCAGCCUCUGAAUACUCCCCUCAGAGUCUCGACUCGGAGGCAGAGGGAUAUGAAUCGAAGCUCUACAAAUCAGGCAGCGAGUACAACCUACCUACCUUCAUGUCGCUUUACUCUCCUGUUGAGAAAUCCUCAACCACAACCACCACCGUGGCACCAUCUUCGACUUCCAAACCGUUGAAGAGCGCCGAGGAGGUGUACGAGGAGAUGAUGAGGAAGGCGGAACUGCUUCAGAAACAACAGAAACAGCAGCAGCAGCAGCAUCAUGGAAGACACGGUCAAUACUACGAGGAGGAAAUCAAUGGAGAUGAGUAUGAGGACGAGGAUGAAUAUAGUCAAGACAGGACCGGUUAUGACAACGAGGCAGCCGAAACGGAACAAGAUAUUUAUGAGGAGAUCCGACAGACGUCCCAGAACAUCACAAAGAUGCAGCAGGCAAGUGACGCACAAGUGGAGAUUGAAAUCGAGAGCUCCUACCCAGAAAAACAACUUCUUGACACAAGCUCGGCAUUUACCAAGCUGCUGGAGCAGAACAACGCCCUCCUCACACCAGGAACCAGUCCAACCCAGGUCUCAGCUCCAGUCUCUUUUGCAGAGACUGCAGGAAGGAUUCCCGAUGUGCGUGUCACGCAGCACUUCUCAGCCAAGGACGUCAACAAAGACCGGAUCAAGAGCCAGACCGGAAAGAACGGCAUGACUCCAGUCGUGUCUGCAACCACCAUAGCAGCAUAUGGAGUGUUUGCCAGAGAUGCGGUAACCAUUUCCCAGACCAGCACAAGCCACACUGUCACAACCACGUCUGCUACACACAGCAGGCACACAGGUGGCCCGGCUACAUCCACGACCACCGUCUCAAGUGUUUGCAGCAAAAUAGCGGAAAUCACCCAGGCGUACAGCCAAAGGGAGGUGAUAACCAGGAGAGUGGGCGAGACCAGAAACGUGAGAGACGGUGCCGCAUCUUCUACGGAGAGAAUCAUUGAGCCUCGGUCUCCAAAGUAUACCACUUACUACCGAAGCACCAGCCCUCCUCUCUCUCCAUCGCCGCCACCACAGAGCCCUACUCGCUCCCCAUCCAGAAGGGCCACCGCUGAGUUCUCUACCCAGACUCACACAGGAGGAGGCUUACAGUCCGCUGGUUCGGGGCCUUCCUCUCCGGUGUUGGUUCAAGCAACUCAGACAUCAUCACACCGGUCCGUUUCGCCAAGGCUCCACAGGCAACAAUCCUCGCAGGAUACUCGGUAUUCCCCACCCUCGAGCCCAGCCAGGCCCAUGACAGUCAAUACUGCUACCUCGCCUCUAUCCUCGCCUACCCGGUUCAGUCGUCAAUCCACGUUUGAGGCGUACUCCCCCGUUGCCAGCCCCCCGGACACUCCCCCUUUCCAGCAGCACUCACCUACACAGAGCUUCUACCGCACUCAACGGGUGGAGAAAGUCAAUGUCGGAACCAGCAUGGUGGCCCCCACUAACACAUACAGCAGAGGGUCCAUGUCUAUGGAUAACAUAUCCCUCUGUCGUAUUUCAACUGUUCCUGGAACUUCCAGGGUAGAGCAAGGACACAUGAUCCAUGGAGGCAGUGUGGUAGACCUAAGGACGAUCACCAAAUCGACCCCUGUGAUCAUGACCGACAAUGGAAUGGAUCUCACCUCACUUGCCACUGAAAGCCGGAUGUACCACGGUGGACCCGAGGGGGGUAGACACUCCACCAUUAUCCAACCUCUAACAAUGAAUCUCAACACUCAGGAGACCACCACACCCACCACCGUGAGUGUGACGGUGGCUGCCUCAAUGUUCAUGACACAACCUCAACACCCCUCAGUCUAUGGCGACCCCCUUCAGAACCGGGUGGACCUGGGCCAGGGAAUAGGUCCCGCUAUGUGUCUGUCUCACAACCACAUGGUUCAACCCCAAAUUGAUCCCACCAUACCAAAAAUCGAUGCCAAACUUGAUGACCUCAGUAUACAGCAGCAGGAACUCCAAAGGCAACAGGAGAAGUUGCAGAAGCAGCAAGAGAUUUUGGAGCAACAGUUGCAACAUCAUCAUCAUAUGCAGCAUCAGCAGCAACAUGCCUCUGCCAUGGCAAGGUACAACAUCACAGGCCAGAUCUCACCGUUACUGAAGAAGGACAUGCUGGUCAGCCAGAACGGCAAUGCCCCGACUGUGGUCAGUGCUAUUUCAGCUCCCCUCAACCCUGACAUGUAUGGCAAUGGUCCAAUUGAGCUGCAAGGAAAUCCAAAUACACCUGGUGUCAUGAGUCUUACUGGGGUCGGAUCCCCUCACAGCAUGGUUGUACAAAUGGAUGGAAGCAUAGGUCCGUAUGGGCCAGUGACACAGCUGGUAAAGGUAGAGGAAGGCCAAGAUGCCAUGGAUCUGGCAGGAGGCCAGAUUAAAUCAGACCAACCAGCUUGCUGCGAUGUGGUUUACCGGCUUCCAUUUGGGGGAGUAUGUGUAGGAGAGGCAGAGAAAGAGGGCGUUAGGCCUCCUUCCGCACCACCACUAAACUACGAGUCUGACCCCGAAAGGCAACCUGGAAGGUACCAUGAAUACCCCAUGGAUGGACGCAAGGCCUAUACCUUGCCCUACCCUGGUAGGCUUCAGCCAUCAAUGUCUGACACAAACUUAUCUGACCCUGGUCUGCAGGCCUACCAUUCUAAAAUAGACCCCCAACUCCAAACCACUGCAGAUCUUGCCAUGGAUGAAAAUGUCAUGAAACAAGCCUAUGAAGGCGGCUUCAUGGGAAUGCAGUAUGGCUCCUAUACCGAUCUAAGACAUGGAGGGGACAUCACAGCCCAGGCCCUGCCAAUACGGAGAUUCAACUCCCUGUCUAAUAUCAGCACGGACUACGGAUACUCUGCUCGUGAUAUAGCCAACUUUCAGGAGGCUAACUUGGCUCAGUAUAGUGCCACCACAGCUAGAGAGAUAAGCCGCAUGUGUGCAGCCCUCAACACCAUUGACCGCUAUGGAAGCAACCCUGACUUGAUGCAGUACGGCAGCUUGGGACGAGGUUCAGGCCCUGGGACCGCCAGACUCGCAGCAAGUUUAGGCAUCAGACCCAACCUCCUUUUCGGGCCAGAUGGGAAGCCAAUGUCUCACAAUCAAGCUCUUACCAACCUUAUCAAUGCCAGACAGGCCAGCCUUAGAGCUCUGUACCCCACUGCUAUAAGAUCGGCCGAUGGAAUGAUCUACUCCACGAUCAACACACCUAUCGCCUCUACACUUCCCAUCACCACCCAGCCGUCCUCAGUGCUUCGUCCGAUGCUACGAGGGGCGUAUAGGCCUUACCCGCCUGCAAACAUGACGCCCAUACCCCUGGCCAGUCUAAGCAGGCUGCCAAUGAAUCCCAGAGCACCCUUAUCCGGACAGGCACCGUUCCGUUACCCAGUGCCAAACGGGUUCCAGGGUAUACCAGCAACCAGUGCCAUUGUAUCAACGUCCUCUGCGUCAGCGACUACUACUGCAGUACAGGACGGACCCGUCUAUCUGGGCAAAGGUGCCAAUAUAGCCCCCUCCUCAGGGGCACUCAGCUCAACCCCAGGCAUAGUUUCAAUGCCGACAACAGAGCCCCAGCAGCAGCCCAUCAAUCUGUCCCAGGCUCACCUGAACAGCCAACAGCAGCAGCAGCAGCAGCAACAGAUGGCAGGUUCGCAUCAGCAACAACAAUUCGCACACCAGACCCAGGUCUACAACCAGACUUCUGCCGGGCCCACCGGACUGAGCGGUGGCAUGCCCCUUCAAGGAGGCCUUCCUUCCUUCCCUCCGCCAGGAGCCAUCCACAAGGAAGGGGAGACAGAGGAGGAUCGCCUGCACCGGCAGCAGGAGCAGCUCCUGCAGAUGGAGAGGGAGCGGGUGGAGCUGGAGAAGCUGCGGCAGUUGAGGAUCCAGGAGGAGCUGGAGAGGGAGAGGAUCGAGCUGAAGCACCACCGGGAAAAGGAGCAGAUGCUGGUGCAUAAGGAAAUACAGGAGCUGCAGACCAUCAAGGAACAGGUUCUGCAGCAGCAGCAGCAGGAGCGUGAGAACCAGCUAGUCCUGCAGAGGGAGCAGCUGGCCCAACAGAAGUCCCAGCUGGACCAGAUCCAGUCCCUGCAGCAGCAGCUCCAGCAGCAGCUGCAGGAGCAGAAGAGGCAGAAGACGGCCAAUGCUCAGGGCCUGCAGAGGGACGUCACCGGACAGCCUCUCCAUCCCUACGUCGACCAGAUGGCUUCCAACUCCCUCCCCAACUCCUCGUCGGAGAUGUGUCUGCGGAGCCACGAGGAGCAGGCGGAGAGCCGCAGCAACAUGAGGAAGCACAGCUCCAUGGGCCGUCUGCCCCGGGACGGCGGCGACGCAGAGGGCGUGUCCUUCUACGGCUCCGCCUCCCGCAGGAACGUGGACAGCUGUGUGCAGACGGACGACGAGGACGGCGAGGAGAGGUACAUGAUGCGCCACCGACCGCGGCGGCGCGGCCGCAGCGUGGACUGCUCGGUGCAGACGGACGACGACGAGGACAAGGUGGAGUGGGAGCAGCCGCCGCGACGCAGGCGCUCGCGCUUCUCCCGCCACUCCGAGUCCAACAACCACGCCUCCGUCACCGCCGCCUCCACAAACACCAACUCCGCCAACGCCGCCACCGCCACUGCCACCGACGCCAAGACGGACACCUCCUCCAAGAUGGCCUCCUCCAGCAUGUCCAGCCAGACCAUGCGGGAGAUGUCCUGCCAGACGGAGGUGGAGCACCUGGGCCGCGUGUCGCCGGCCAUCCACGUCACGCUGCCGGACCCCAACAAGGUGGAGAUCGUGCACUACAUCUCGGGCCCCGAGAGGACCCAGAAGGGGCAGUCGCUGGCGUGCCAGACCGACCAGGAGGCCCAGUCCCAGGGGGUGGUGGCGCCGCAGCUCAGCGUGCCCACCACCGUCAGCCCCUACUCGUCCUCCACCGGCAACGGCUCCCAGCAGACGGGCUCGUCGGACCUCCAGCAGCAGCAGCAGCAGCAGCAGCAGAUGGCGGCCAACGUGGCGAAGUUCGAACGCCGGCGCCCCGACCCGCUGGACAUCAACCACCAGCAGCACAACCACAUCCACAACGAGUCCGUGUCCAGCGUGAUGCGCCAGCAGCAGGGCACGCCCAAGUCGCCGCAGGUGCUGUACUCGCCCGUGUCGCCCGUGUCCCCCCACCGUCUGCUGGAGAGCUCCCUGUCCAACGAGCGGCUGAACAAGGCGCACGUCACGCCGCAGCAGAAGUCCUACACGGCCGAGUCGCCCCAGCGCCAUCCCUCCGUGCCCCGGCCCAUCAAGACCACCCAGAGGUCCAUGUCGGACCCCAAGUCCCUGAGCCCCACCACAGACGAACACACCAAGGCCCGGCUGUCGCUGUACCAGCAGCAGGCCCUCCAGAGCCAGCUGGCCGCCCUGCAGCAGAGCUCCCUCCUCCGCAAGGUGAAGCGCACCCUGCCCAGCCCGCCGCCCGAAGAGGCCACCGCCGCGGUCCACCUGCCCAUGAUGACCAACGCCAUGCCCCAGGUCUACAUGCCCAAUGUGCCCGGCCUCAAGCAGCCCUGCUCCCGCAGCGGCCUCGCCGCCAAGGCCAGCCUCCUGAAGGACCUGACCCACGAGCUGAAGGCCGUGGAGCAGGAGUCCACCAAGCUGCGGAAGCAGCAGGCGGAGCUGGAGGAGGAGGAGAAGGAGAUCGACGCCAAGCUGAGAUACCUGGAGCUGGGCAUCCACCAGAGAAAGGAGACGCUGGUGAAGGAGAGGGAGCGCCGAGACAUCGCCUACCUGCGGUGCAUGGGCGACUCCCGGGACUACAUGUCCGACAGCGAGCUCAACAACCUGCGUCUGGCUGCGGCCGCCGCCUCGUUCGAGACCAACGGCCUGUUGGCCGCCCGGCCCAGUACCGCCCCGCUCAGCCAGUUCACGGGCGAGCUCAACACGGCGGCCCAGUACCCGCCCACCACCUCUUUCCUGACGUACCAGUUCCAACAAGGCCCGUCGGCCGCGUCCAGCCAGCAGACGAGCGCUCCUUAUCCCACCGCCUCCUUCAACCAGGCUCCUUACCCGUCGGUGUCCCAGUCCCAGGCCCUGCCCCAGCCCACACCUCUCCCAAGCCACGGCCCCAUGCCCGCACCGUCCUACCCGUCUCAGACCCCCUAUCCGUCCCAGACGUACCCCCAGGCCCAGCCCCCGUACCCCCAGACGGACAUAGGGGUGCCGGCCGCUCCUCUAUCCCAGCCCCAGGCUGCACACCCAGGGUUCGGGCCAGCCCCGCCGGGCCAGCCCCCCUACCCCACCCACAGCUCGCCCUUCCCCAGCGCUGUCUCCUCCUACCAGAGUCAAUCCACCCCCUACCCCGGGCAGCAAGGGGCCGACAUCCUGACCGUCCACCCAGGGAGACCCCGGCAGACAUCACUGGCCGACCUGGAGCACAAGAUGCCCACCAACUACGAGACGAUCAGCAACCCCACGGUGGUGGUGACCACCACGGCGCAGGACGUCUCCUACUCCAGCGCGGCGGCCGUGGCCUACGGCCAGUACGGCGCGACCACUACCAUGGCCGGCAGCUACGGGGGCUACCCCGCCGCUCCGGCGGUCAACAGCUACGGGGGCUACCCCGCGGCCCCGGCCAGCACCUACGGCCCGUACACCGCGGCCCCGGUUAGCGCGUACGGCCAGUACACCACCACCACCACCGCCAACACCUACGGCUACACCACCACCACGGCCAGCUCCUACGGCCAGUACACGGCCACCGUGUCCAACGCCUACGGGCACGCCGCCGACAGCCCCUCGGUCUACGGCUCGGCCGACGCCAUGUACGGCGGACCUGGGCUGGAGCAGAGCCUGCCGCGGAACUACAUGAUGAUCGACGACGUCAGCGAGCUCACGGCCAAGGACGGGCUGGGCACGGCAGCGGGCGACAUGAUGAUGCACCACGGCAACAGCGGACAACAGCGGUACCCGGGUGACGUCCACGGCCACGGCGGGAUCGGCGGCGGCGGCGGCGGCUCGGCACGGGGCGGGACGGGCGGCUCCUCCUACGGCCGGACAGGGGAGGAGGAGGCGGCGUUCCAGGAAGAGCUGUACGACCACCACGGCAGGGGUAAGAGCAGCUACAGGCAACGACCACUAGGGGGCAGCAGCAGCAGCAGCAGCGUGAGCGCUAGCAUGGGUGGGGGAUCCCCCUAUUACUAUGACUACGACCAUAAGCACCCCACCACCCCUCGCCCCGGCGCGCAGAAACCCUCGGCGUCGGCCAGAAGCCUACUGGCUCCCGCCGUCAUGUCGUCCAAGCGCAGCAAGCACCGCAAGUCCGGCAGCCUGGAGCAGAAGAUCUCCAAGUUCUCCCCCAUCGAGGAGGCCCGUGACGUGGAGGCCGACCUGGCCUCGUACGCCUCCGCCACGGUCGGGGGCCACGGCUCCUCCUCCUCCGCCGCCACCGCCGCCGCCGGCGUCAGGGGCCGGCAACUGAUCGAGGACUACGGCUUCAAGUGCAACACCUACGACUCGGGCAGCGCCACCGGCCACGCCAGCCGGUACUACCGUUCAAAGGCGGAGGAGGACGACCGCCUGUACUACACCUCCACCGGCCGCUCCCGCUCCACCGGCUACGGCAUGGACAAGAUCUCCUCCGGGGACUACUCUGGGUACCGCAGCCGGUCCUACGAGCGCGACGACAUGUCGUACCGCACCGGAGGCGGCGGCGGCGGCGGCGGCGGCUACGCCCGCGGACGGCACCCCACGCGGCAGUACUCCGAGGAGGAGAGCCCCAUCAGCCCCAUGGGGAAGUUCAUGGGCUCGGGCCGCUCGUCCAGCCUGGGGCCCGACCCCUACGACAGCCGUAGCUCUAGGUAUCACUACUAUUACGGCCAGUCGGGCUCCAGCCACUCGCUGCCCGACGUGCAGGACCACAUCCGGGACCUCCCCCGGACCCACGUCUACAAACCGGAGGACAUGUACCUUAUAGACGAUUACCAUUGCGCUGUGUCAGACAGUGAAGCCUACCACCUGGGCCAGGAGGAGACGGACUGGUUCGAGAAGCCGCGCGCCAGCUCGCGCCACUACGGCAGCGGCAGCCACUCGGCCGGCCGCAGCCGCCACGCCGUCAAGCACACCUACCACGACUACGACGAGCCCCCGGAGGAGGAUGCCUGGGCCGCCGACGAGUACGGCCACGGGGGCCGCCACUCUUCGUCUUCGUCCCGGGACCACCGCCAACACGGCAGCACCGGCCGGCACGCCUCGUCGGCCAACUCGUCCUCGGCGACCGGCCGGCACGCGGACGAGCCGCGGGCGUCCCGCUCGGCCAAGGGCCACCCCAAGGACCCCAACGUGAGGCACGAGCCCUCGGGGCGCUCCUCCUCCGCGGGGAGGCGCGGGGACUCGCGCUCCGCCGGCGGGUACCACUCGGGCGAGUACUCCCGGGACCCUUCGUCCGGACACCACCACGGCCAGCGUUCCUCCCGCCAGGGGGACCCGCACAGGUCCUCCCGCAGCAAGUCCCAGCCCGGGGACCUCCAGGGGCAGCCCCCAGGCGCCUCCAGAUCCGGGGGCGGCUCCUCCCGAGGACAGGGCCCCAGCAGCGGACCUCCGGGCUCGGGACGACUGACGGGCCCUGGUUCCCAACCGGACGGGACCCAGAGCCAGAGGACCCAGCUCCAGCACCAGGUCCAGACCCAGGCCAGCCGGCCGGGACAGCCCGGGGCCCCCGGCGCCAUAGGGCCCCAGCAGCAGCUCCCAAACCAGGGUCAGGGCAUGGGCAUGGGCAUGGGGCCGGGCAUGGGACCGGGCAUGGGACCGGGCAUGGGACCGGGCAUGGGCCAGGCCAAGCAAGGACCAGUUGGAGCGGCCGGUGGGCCUAUGGGGCCCAACAGACAGACCCAGGGCCCAAUGGGAACCACACCGACGACCGCUGCUAAACUGGACACCCCCCCAGUCACAGCCAUUGGAGCAAAGGCAGUUCCAGGCAUGGCAGCAAAGACUCCCCAGCCCCCACUAACCGGCAUUGGCUCUAAAGCGGGCACCAGGCCCGGGGGCAUCGGCAGCGCUGCGGCCCCCCAGCCCGGUAUGGACGGGGAGGGCAUGCUCUCCAAGAUCCUGCCGGUGAACGCCGCAGAGCAGGCGGGGAAACUGGGAGACGCCCUCAGUGGUUUCGGCAAGAAGUUUUCCUCCAUGUGGUGAGGGGCUGAGGUGCUGAGGUGAAGGUACGU